CAAAAGCCUUAAUUGGCCACAAAACAUCAUAUUCAGCAUCCAUAAUCACUCGCACCAUGACCGAGCUCGACAGCCGCCUAACCGCAUUUCUUGAAGGCCGCAAGCAGAAGGGACGUUUCAGGACUUUAAAAGAGUACGAUACAUCGGCCUCCUCUGCGCUCGUUGACUUUUCCUCCAAUGACUAUCUGUCUUUGACGUCUUCGCCUGCUUUUCGUGCCCUAUACCUCGAACGCUUGGCGACCGCCGAGUCCAUCUUCGGCUCGACCGGCUCACGCCUUCUCAGUGGCUGUAGCCCCGGCCACUCAUCCCUCGAGAUCCGGCUUGCCGACUUUUUCAACUCCCCCUCGGCCCUGCUGUUCAACUCGGGCUGGGACGCCAAUGUCUCUUUCUUUGCGACUGUCCCUCAAUCCUCCGACUGGGUAGUCUACGACGAACUAGUGCAUGCGUCGGUACACUCUGGACUACGGUCGUCUCGUGUCCCUGUAGAGAGAAGGCUACCGUUCAGCCACAACGAUCCAGAGGCUUUCGCUCAAGUCUUGAGACAGGUAUCGUCCUCAUCAAAGUCCCAGACCUCGACCGUAUUCUUGGCGCUCGAAAGCUUGUAUUCGAUGGACGGGGACAUGUCUCCGCUUCCUGCGCUCUUGGAUACUAUGGAGAGCUACAUUCCCAGAUCUCGAAUGUGCGUAGUGGUGGACGAGGCCCAUUCUACAGGCGUGUAUGGCCGUCAAGGGAGAGGAGUGGUGCACGCGCUGGAAGAAGAAGGAGGCUGGGCUGCCGGUGACGAUCGCCGGAGAGGGAAAGGCCGUGUGGAUGUCAGACUGAUGACCUUUGGGAAGGCUGUUGGAUGCUCUGGAGCGGUCCUGCUGUGCUCUCCGACGGUGCGGACGUUCCUCAUAAAUUUCGCGCGGCCAUUCAUAUUUUCCACUGCAAUGCCGCACUCCACGGUGAUUGCCUUGCAAUGUGUCUGGGAUAUCUUGCAAGGGGGCGAAGGAGACGAGGUCAGUUGAGCAAUACAUCUGAGAGCACCGACUGAUCCUUGACAAAGCGUCGAAACAAACUCUUGGGUAUCGCUCGCUACCUACAUUCGCUGCUCGAUGAUAUGCUGGCCACAACGUCUCCACGAUUACUUUGUCUUCCGCCCCAUCCAGUCGUACCCUUCUCCUCUUCUCUCUCGGAGCUGCCCGCCGACCCACCGACACCCAUACUUGGCCUCUUGACACCCACGCCUCAUGCCCUAGCAGCAUUUCUCCUUGAAAGGGGCUUCAUAGUGCGCCCCGUGGUACCUCCUACAGUCCCUCCUGGGGGGGAGCGCGUUCGAAUCUGUCUCAGGGCAGACUUGGGCAAGGACGUGGUGCACCGUUUGGUACAAGCCUUGCGAGAAUGGGUUGAUCGUCAGGCUCCUUCCAAGGCGAAGCUGUGAGAGCUGGGGCUACCAUGAUUUUGGAUCGAUAGCUAGAUGGCUGCCCUUAUAAUGUCCAUACUCUGCCCAAAUGCAUACAGCUGGGUUCGCUCGACUCGCUGGCAUUUGUUGACAGGUCACGCACGCGGAGCCCCCGUGCCUGGUCUUGAAAAGAAGCAGCGAUGAUUCGUCGAGAUUUUCGGGUCUGUCGGCCGGACUCGAAUCUCUGACUCUUUCUCGUUUUCCA